AUGAGGAGCCACCUUAAACCCCUCUCUAUCACUGGAAAAGUCAAAGAUGUCCCCGUUAAUAAAAUAUUGGUGAAUUAUGGAGCGACUGUGAAUUUAAUGUCUCACCGCAUGUUGAGAAAAAUUGGCAAGUAUGAUACCGAUGCCAAACCUCAUAAUAUGGUGCUUACCAACUAUGAAGGUAAAUUGGAUUCCACUAUGGGAGUCAUCCAAGUAGAAUUAACAGUAUGGAUAGUCACAAGAUCCAUAAUGUUUGUGAUUGUGGAAACAAAGGCUAACUACAAUUUGUUGCUUGGAAGGGAGUGGAUACAUGGGGUCGGAGUUGUCCCAUCCUCAAUGCACCAGAGGAUAAUAAUUUGGCGUCUAGAUGGUAUCAUCGAAAACAUAGAGGCAUAUCAAGGAGAAAUAGUAUGCGAAGACGACUUCGGAUAUUUGGGAGCGUCUGGAAUCGAGCCUAUAGGAUGGGGAAGUGAAUUCAAUAAUGAUGAUUAA